AUGGAUUUCAACCCCCUGAUCGGCGAGUUUGGAGAAGGAGAUGAGGAGAUGAAAGUCGACGCGUCUAUCUUAGAAGGGUUCCAGGAAAACCAGAUACCAGGGAAGGAGGCCAUUGCUCGCCUUAUCGGCUCCGUUUUCCCCACAUGUAUCGCAAUGACCUAUAUUACCGGCACCGUCAUUGUGGAACUCCCCAGAAGCGAGGAAGCCGUGUUCCAGGAGACAUUACAGGACAUGCCACUUAUAAUUGCAGGCGCGCCGUUCAAUUUACAGUACCACAAUGUCCCUUUGGCAAACGUGGGCCGACUCAGGCGGGCCAAGAAGCCAAAGCCACAGCUUGCUGAAGAGGACUGCGCUGCAGAUGAGACAGACUACGUUACCAGAGAUGGCCGAUUCUACCCCGGGGCAAUACUAUCAUCGGUAGGCGAAAAGGGGAUACCUUCUCCUCCGUAUCAGCAGGCGUGCUCGUCCAUAAAGGGGAUGAAAAGCGGUUAA